GUGAGAGGGAGUACUGAGGCAGGUCUGGGCACAGUCGGCGUCUCUGUGUGACUGUGGUGUGGUGUUUGGUGGAUUUAGACGCCAUUUCACUAAAAUUCCCAAAGCACAGACAUAUGCACACACAUUCAUCGCUUUCUCGCCAUCUUUUUUUCCUCAUCAUCAUCAUCAGACAUUAUCCACGGGCAACUCUCAGAGCUUCCGACCUGACAGGGGUCAAAAGCAGGCAUGGAAUCGCAUGAAACAAAUGACGAACUGGAUUCUACAACACGGAGGAAAGCAGGACCGGAGUCCGGAGAGAACUGGAUUCCAGAGGAUGUGGCUCAAUGGCUGGAUCACAUUGGAAUAUCUCAUGAGGCAAACGGAGGUCUUCCUUUGUACCACCAUUUCACAGGAGCCUUUGCCCUGGAUGACAGAGUGUUUUGCCCCCCCGAGACAGUGUCCGUCACCCUUAACAAUGACCCCAUCUCACUGACCACUCAGAUCCCGUCACUAUCCACCCAACCAACCUCCACACUUGCCCGGGAAACAGGUCAUGCCGCCUUGGUUUUUGCUUCCUACCCCAGUGUGAGCGCCAUGCAAAGGGAGCGGGAAGAGGGUGCAAGUGUUCUCUCGAGCACCAUACUAGAACAACCAGGAGGAGGGGCGGGCCGGCCUCUGAAUGACAACGCCAUGCAACCUUCCCCGACCCCCGGCAGCGCAGACCUUAACGCCCCCUCUACCUCAGACAGCCAACUGCCACCUUACGCCAUUCCUUUGCCUCACCCUCCGCUACUUCACCCCCAGUUCCUUCAGCUACGUUGGGCUCGGCAGGAACCGCAGGGCCAGGAGCAACAGGCUGAUGGCAGCUCCCUGGAGAAACACGGACCCUUCCCACCUCAGCCCUCCCUCCAGCCCAGCUUGGAGGAGCUGCCCAGCUAUGAGCAGGCCAAGGCCCAGACCCAGGGGCUUGGCCCCCUCCAUAACCAGCCGUGUUACACCCAGGAGGACCAGGAGAGCCUGCCCAGCCCCCCUUGCACCCCUGACAGCCAGUCAGCUUGGACUAGCUUAGGUCCUUACAGAACCUCUGAGACCUCCAGCCCUAACCCCAACACUGACCUAUCUCCCAGCCCCAGUCCACCCCUGAGCCCUCAGCAAAUCUUUAUGUGUGGUGCAGAUGAGCAGGAUGGUUUGUCCACAUGGGGUGAAGUGGGAAAUGGGGACUCUGCUCUGAGGGAAAUGAAGAAGAGCCACUCCCUCAGCCAGAAGUCCAUACAGUUCAGCAUAGAAGCCAAUGGAACUAGUAAUGUUCCCUGGAACAACCCCUCCUCCAGUUACCUCCUAAACCGAUCUCCACACACAGGACCAGGAGAUCCCCGUGGGCCUCCGCCAGAGUACCCCUUUAAUCCCUGCCAGCCGCCCCCCAGUUCCCCGUUAGGGAAACCGCACCCCCACCUUCUGGACCCGGGCCCUCUCUUCAGCAACGCAUCCUCGGACUGGUGCCCAUCCCAGCCAACCAGAGCAGAGAGUAACCCACCACCUGAGUGCCACAGCAGGCCACCCCACCCGGAGAGGCUUGGGGGUCCCUCAGUACAGCUUCACAGUCCCACACCCUCCCACACCCUGUUCUCUCAGCCCCAGACCUCCACCCCCCUCCUCCCCAACAUCCAGACACAGACCUCUACUCUUUUCUCUCAGCCCCAGACCUCCGCCACCCUCCUCCCCAACAUCCAGACCCAGACCUCUACUCUUUUCUCUCAGCCCCAGCUCCAACAAGUGGGUGCAGGCCCCUCAGUCAUGGUUCAACAGAUGGUCCAGCUGCUGUGUAAGGAGAACCAGACACUGAGACAAGAGCUACAGACACACAUGGAGAAGGCCUCCAAACUGCACUGGCUAGAGGCAGAGCUUCAGAGGAUCUCUGAAGAUUAUAAUUGGUUAAUGAACAGCUCGUCCAAGAGGGAGGGGCUGGACCGAACCAUGAGGUGCAAACUGGAGGGGGAGAUCAGACGCCUGACUGUCUUCAAUAGAGACCUGCGAGAUCGCCUGGAGACAGCCAAUCAUCAGCUGGCGUGCUGCAAGCCAGAUGGAGAGAACGGACAUGCAGCGGAGCUUAGGGAUGGACUGAUAGAGAAAGAACGCUUGGAGCAGGAAGUGGAGGAGCAGCGAGGGAGGGCAGAGAGACUGGAGUCCGCUCUGAGCAGUGCCCAGCAGAGGGCGCAACACCUUGAAGAGGAGUUGCGUGUGAAGAGUGUGUACGCUGCGCGGGUGGAAGGCCUGCAGCACGCUCUGGUGCAGCUGCAGACGGCGUGUGAGAAGAGAGAGCAGCUGGAGAGACGCCUGCGCACACGGCUGGAGAGGGAGCUGCACCUGAUGCGGACACAACAGGGGGCGUGUGGAGGGGGUUGUGGUACCAUGGGGAAGGGUGUGUGUGUGGGGGAGGGCAGUGCUCCUGCUCUGAGGGAGCUGUUGAGGCAGAGAGAGGAGCGGGUGUUGGCUCUGGAAGCUGACUCCACCCGCUGGGAGC